AUGAAAUUUUACGAGAGCUCUUUCAACUAUGAUUACACUUUUCCUGCGGUCACCUUAGCGUAUUUCCUCCGCUACCCGAACCCGUUUUCGAAGCACGUUCUGAGCUCCGACGUAAUUGAUCGUUAUGUCGACCCCGAGACACAGCGACUUCAUACCGUCCGACUUCAUUUGAAGAAAUCAAAGGUUCCCGUUGGAAUCCUCAAAUUUCUCCCUCGUGGUCUUGCUGGACCCGGGGGAGCUAGCCAAAGUUACGUUCUGGAAAAGAGUACAAUUGACAUGAAAGAGGGAUGGAUGGAGACGGAAUCGAAAAACAUGGAGUGGACCGGUAUAUUGAGCGUGGUCGAACGUCAAACCUACAAGCGUCAACGACUGUCUGAAAUACCGAGCCCGAUUCGCCCCGAGGAUGAGUCUCAGCGAUCAAAAGAGACGACAUCAUGCAAAACCGUCGUUACAUUUGUGUCACAUUUGGGUCAAAGCAAGCUCCUGGGCCGUAAGAAGCAAGAAUACUCGACAUGUGGAGAGGAAGAAACACCAAGGCAAUCCUUGUUCUCUGCCUGGUCGACAGCUGGGAUUCAGCGGACAGUAGAGCUAAUCGGAGUUAAAAGGACAAAAUCGGCAUUACUUAAUGGAAAAGAGGGAAUGAAUGUGGUGUUGGAAAGACUACGAAGCGGCGGCAUCGUUGGAGUCCUCGAGGGCAUGAGGCGUGACCGGAUGGAGGCAAUGGGCGGCGAAGGGCAUUGGAAGCAGGUCUGGCUGCAUCGCCGCGAUCCCGGUGAUCAUGAUACUGAUUGA